UCCGAUAUAUUGGUGUGGAGGAGACGAACCCUUGUGAGUAGUAGUGAGGGGAAUCCUGGACAGAAAUGCGGAUACCCGGCACAAAUCUAGCUCUCGUUGCGAUUUCCGUGGUUCUCACAUCGCAAGAAUCGCUGGCUUCGCAUCACCAUGGGCUGAAGGCGACCUUGGUCGAAGUCCAAUCGUCCGCUGCCGACUUGGGUAUACCUCUCAACAAAACUCUCCAGGAUUUGUUAGCAGAAGAGGUGGUCACGGAGAGAACAGAUUCCGGGUUCGAGAGAUACUUAGCAAACCCUCUGGCUGCGGUAGCCAAGCAAAAGGUGAAGGCAAUCUGGGGGCUAUUGACGAUUCCUUAUCGGCUCGUUAUGGCUCCUUUCCAAGCAGCGAAGAGUCUCUGGAAGACCGGAAAGGCCAUCGGGCGACCUUUCAACGCAACGAAAUGGGGGAAGUUCUAUCUGGACUUGAGGAAGAUCAAUAGGACAUCGGCUAUGGAUAAACCAUUCGGCGUUUAA